AUCAAUUAACGUAAAUAAUAACUAUAACUCUGCCGGACUACAAUCAAUCACCUCUUGUUGUUGUCCAAUUAGAGGUGUCAUAUAUACCACCCUUUUACAAAAACCACAUCUCUUAUGGUGAUUUACAAAAGUUGGUGUCUGAUGUGAAACUCACGAGGCUGGAAUUGGGAACUUGGAAAUGGGGAAAGCUUCCAGACAUGUAUGGGACUAAAGAAUCAAAACCUACAUUGAUUAGAACGGGCCUAGCUUAGCUACUUUCUCCUUCCCUUCUUUUUCAGCCAGAAAUCAUUGCCCUGGAAGUCAAGAAAAUGAAUUAUUACUCACUCGAGUGCACCUAAUUGAGACCUUUCCUGUAUUUUCCUGUGAAGAAAACAUGACGAGAGAAGACAGCAGCAGGGGAUCUAUAUUUCCUCCCCCUAAUUUGUGGAUCGAUUCUACCCCAUUAAGCCCAGUGAUGAUGAAAAUAAAAAGAAUAAAGAAAGCUCCAUUUAUGGAUAACUCAAAAGUUGGGGGGGAAUUUGAGCAUAUGCUAUUAAUGGAAAACGAUUGAAACAAUAGUGCAAGAUAAUAAGAUAUGGCUGAAUCGAUUCAGUGGCCAGUAUCCUCCACAAAGUUGGAAUUUGAAAUUCCACUAUGUUAUGCUGGCCGGUGUGAUCAUUGUUCUACUGUUAUACUCUUUUGUCAUUCUUCCAUCAAUCUUGUUGAUUAGGGCCCGGAAGAAAAGUUAAAGAAUCCACAUAUUGGGUGGUGAGGAUGGGUGAAUUGAAAAGAAUUGUGUGAUUUCACUGAUUUGGAUUCAAUGUGUCAUAUACGUGGGAAUUUGGAUACAAUCCAAGCAUAUGAAUUGCAAAAAGACUGGUGAUGGUGUGAGCUUCUUUGAGCUAGUGGCAUCGAGAUCGAUUUGGUCACUGAUCUGGUUGCCUGGAGUGGAGUUCCUUGUCGAAUCUAAUGAUGAUACAUUGCAUUUAUUGGGCUUUAUACCCCAACCAAAUAUUCUAGGGCAAGAUAGCAAAAUUACUUCAUUGCUAUGAUUGGCACAUGCCUGACGAGUUCUUACAAAACAUUUGCAUUGCAUUUAGUUUCAUAAGUUUAAAAUAUAUGAAAUUUAUAGAUGUCAAUUUGAGAGAUUUUAUAUUUUGAUCUGUGAAAUCUUUUAUGAUUUAACCCACUAAAUAAUCUCCUGGUUAAAAAGUAAACAUGUUAUUUGAUAACAAAUUAAAUUCAUAUUCUCAAUCGAAUGUUUUCCAUCAAUGCUAUAAAAAGCAGAACACUAAUCCUUUUUCAACAAUUCGAUUAGUUAAAAUCUGUAGAUGGUUUAUAAUAUGGAGAUUUAGAGUAUAAAUUUUCAACCAUUCAUUUAUAUUAUUUACAAAAAUACCACUUUUCUUGGAGAGAGAAAAAACCCACCUUUUUCGAUUAUUUGACUACGAAAAACAGAAAAUGAUUGUGUUUACUAAAUUGAAUUGGAACAAUGAACAAUUCCGAUAUUAGGGGUGUGUAACGGGUUGCUUCGUAGCGGACUGUAUCAAACCAAAUCGAUGAUUGAAUUGGACCAUACUGAACCAAAUAUAAUAUGUUUCAGUCAUUGGUCCCAUUAAUUUUAUAAAUAUAGAAGAAAAAUGAACUGAAUUGAUAUUUAAACCAGAUAAAAAUAGACCGUAUGUACUGUCGGCCCAAUACUUAAUUCUAAAAUGACUUGCAGUACUGUUGGACCGCGAUUCUCCCCAAUUUGGAACGGACGAAAUGAAACAGUCCCACACCCUUCUAGAUAUCAUGUCCUUAUCAGUUAUCACUACCAGCAAGCUAGAGGAUAUCUAGCUAGCACGCUCUGCGAAGAUUGAAUUGGAACAAUGAACAAUUCGAAUAAGAUGAGAGAAGAAAAAGAACAACCGAGCGGGAAGAAAGUAACCUUAUCGGACCAGAUGAGAUGAAAUCAAACCAUCAAAGUGGGAUGGACGAACUUUUGUUUGGCUUUUCCCCUUUUUUGCUGACCGAAUGCUGAUCAUCCAUUUCUAAGAUUUGUUUUCUCCAGAAAAUGAUAAGUACUGAUUGGAUAUGUUGUGUUGGCCAUAAACAAUAAACAAGUACUUUUUUUGGCCGUCUGCAGCUAAAAAAUCAAAGACAAAAUUAGAGGUUACGUAGCGAUCUGGAGGUUAUGGUUCUGUCAGCCAGCUUAUUUAAUUAGGUGUAAUUAAAAUUGCAGAAAAGGAAAAAAAAAAUUCUAAUCAAACUUGAAGUUGGUAUUUCAACUGUCGAAAGAGAAUAAGAUGUUACAAACUGCAUGUACCUUCACUCUCAAAGAAGGAUAUAAUUCUCCAUCCUAUAUAACAUAUGAGAAUCAAUAUUCUUACCAUCUAAUAUUGGUCGUCGGGUUUCAAAAAUUUCUAUCACUAACUAGAUCAGUGGUUGAUAUGACGGAGAUACUAAGAAUAUUCGCAUUGAUGGAAUUUAUGAGAUUAAACAGACUAUCUACUCAUAUGAUGCAUGUUGAACAUAUAACUUUCAUUUUUAAUCUUACGAUAACAACGGUGUUACAUUGAUGUGUUAUUGAUAGAGACGCGAUCGUAAUAUCUCUGAAUAUGGUGUUGUCUCUAGUACGGUAUCACAAACCAUAGAUAAUACUCAAACAUGCUGUAAAAUUCCUUUACAUUAUGCAAUUUUUUCUGAACAAUAUAAGACAAAAACACAUUCAAUUACACACCUCCACGGUGAGUUGACAACUUCGAGUUCCUGUUGUCUUUCUGUCGUGAGAGAUUUUGUGUAUCUUGUGGUUGAGUCAUCAAUGUAACGCCAAUGUUCAAAAAUCUGAAAUUAUUUAUUUUAUUUUAUUUUUGUGAAGGUAUUCAGUAUUCACCGUAAAUGUUGCAGCCCAUGUCAAAAGAAAGAAGACUCCCGGGUACCGGCAAUCUGCCAUUCGGGCUGGACCAGCAAUGUUAAUCUGACUGGGCCUUGUGGCCCAUGGGCCUUCUGGUUCGCUUGCAGAACUCACAGUUCCCUAGGCAGUGAAUUUCUUUUAGGAGCGCUUUCCCCGAUUUGGUGCAUCGGAAUCCGAUGUAGACCUAACUUUAUCCCAACUGAACUCUGCGUCCAAAAUUUCAUUAUCAUCCAAACUUAAAUCAAAAGCAGUAACGUCUCUACAAAUCCGUAAACUGAGCUUUCAAUUGCUUCUCUUGAAGAGCAUUCCAUUUGCCAGGUGAAACUUCCUUCCUUACACUAUUUCAAUCCCUCGCUCGUCCUUUUGGUUCAAUCUGCUCUGUUCCUUACUCUUCUGCUCAAUCAUCCUUAGUCCCGCGGAAUCUGGCGAUUGAAGCUGGAGCUUCAAUGGAUGAGAAACCAUCUGGGUUGAAAAAAUGGGUAGAAUCUACACUCUGAAGAACUCAGUUGCGUUCGUGGGUCUGCUAGUCUCCGUUUGCUGCAUCUUCGUGGUCAUGCUCUCACUCCUCCGGCUCCCAGAUGUGACCCUCGGCGGGAACAGAGCAAUGAUGGGUCCCUACAAGACCUUCAGCAACCGGAAGGAAGUGGUCGCCGGCGACGAGAAGCUCGGCAAGUACGGUGAGAUGAUGGUUCAAAUGCUGCCGGACGACCUUGCUUUCACGGUCUUUGUGCCUUCCGAGAGGGCAUUCGAGCGUGACCUUGGGCUACGAUCUGCAGCUGCCGACGAUGAUGAUAACAGCUCGAGGAGGAACGAUACUUACGCUGUAGUUUCUCGAGUUCUGGGGUUCUCAGCCGUACCUCGAGCUCUACAUUCGAGCGUGGUUGCUCCAGGAGAGGAGGUUUCUUACGAUUCGUUGUCAGGAUUGACUUUGUUCGUGUCGAAGGAUUCGGAGGGAACGCUGGUCGUGAACAGGAUUCCGGCGGAGAGAGUGGAUAUCAGGAGGAAGGCGAUCCUUGUUCAUGUGAUGGAUGGAGUUAUCAUGGAUGCUGAGUUCGAGCAGUCCGUUCAGCCUGAUCUUGAUGACACUACUGAUUGAUCAUUGCAUAUAAACUAGUGUAUUAUUA